GAGGUCUUGGCGCAGGCGCGGUGUGGGCGGCGCAGGCCUUGAGGAGCCGGGGGAUCGCAGCUCAGGCCCGGCCGGGAGACGGAGCGAAAUACGCGGCUGUAUCUCUGCGGGAGAGGCGUCGCUGCUCUCCGGUGGGCACCGGGCUGUGGGGAGACGCCACCCACACCCGCCAUUGCAGCCGGCGGGACGGUCACGUGGGCCGCUGCAAAAGAAACUAAAAUCCUGCAGACGUCGGGAUCCUGAGGUAAAACCCCGCAGCUGCUGCAAACCUGAGCAGUCAUGGCUGACCGAUCGAUGGGGACCCCGCACCUGGGCCCGACUCCAGCAGCAGCUGCGACGGCAGAGAGCGUGGGGGACAUGGACCCGGUGGAGUACAUCCUCCGCAAGCGGCUGCCUCACAAGCUGCCCCGCCGCAAGAACGACAUCUACAUCAACAUGAAGACCGACUUCAAGGCGCAGCUGGGCCGCUGCCAGAAGAUGCUGGAGGCCGGCGGCUUCAGCGAGAUCUGCAUCCACGGCCUGGGGCUGGCCAUCAACCGGGCCAUCAACAUCGCCCUGCAGCUGCAGGCAGCCAGCUUCGGCGCCCUGCACGUCGCCGCCAACACCUCCACCGUCGAGCUGGUCGACGACCUGGAGCCCGAGCUGGAUCAGGCCGAGGCUGUCACCCGCACCAGGAACAAUUCCGCCAUCCACAUCAAGGUCUUCCUGGCGCUCCCCAAGGGCGAGCGGGUGGAGCCGCUGAACCCCUGUAACUGAGGGGCCACGCACGCACGCAAGCUUCCGUUACCAGCCCAAUCCACUCAUUCAUCCAGGGCCAGUCCAGUGGGUACGUCCCAGCAUUUUGUGUCUAUCUUCGGUGUAAACUGCGUCUGCAGUUCCUUCCAACACACUGUGCCCCAUUCAUUCAUUGAGGGCCAGCUAGUGUGUGUCUUCAUUCAGGGCCAGAUAGUGUGUGUUCUCACCUAUUCAUUCAGGAUCAGGCCACUGCAUGUCCACAUCCGUUUACUCCCGGCCAGUCUAGUCUGUCCCCAUCCAUUCAUUCAGAGCCAGCCUAGUAUGUUCAAGUAACCCUUGCUUUCCCUCACCCACCCUAGUCCGACUAGAUUCAUUGCUCGUUUACAGAAGGGUUUCGGCCCGAAACGUUGCCUUUUUCCUUCGCUCCAUAGAUGCUGCUGCACCCGCUGAGUUUCUCCAGCAUUUUGGUCUACCUUCGAUUUUCCAGCAUCUGCAGUUCCUUCUUAAACACAAUAGAUUCAUUGCCCUCCUGAUUCAUUUCAGUUUGUAUGUGCCA